AUGCCUUCCGUGCUGAACGCAGGGUGCGCCACGAUGAGCCCCCAUGCGGCGAUAGGCGUAUCAUUCGUGUCGGCGUUGCUCUACCACGUGUCGUAUCGCGGGUUCAUCUGCCGGAAGAUUGACGACGCUGUGUCGGCUGGAGCGGUGCACCUGGUUUGCGGUGCUUGGGGCGUCUUUGCAGCCGGAAUAACCGGCAUGGAAGGCCCCCGCCAGGAUGCAGGUUACCCACCACAGGCCUUGUGCAGCAGGGAGGUGCAAAUCGGGCUGAACGCGCUCAUGGUGGCCAUUAUUGCUCUAUAUGCCUACAUUUGCACAUUUUUCCUUUGGGCGAUCCUCCGAGGUUGUCGCCUGGUGGAUCAGGCCGAACAGGGCGUCGUGCUCGCCAAGGAAGAAGGCGGCAAGUUCACGGAGUUCAAGAACAAGGUUUCCACUCACUUCCAGCAGGAAAACAAAAGGUUUAAAAAGGUCGAAGAACAACUGACCAGCCAGAAUCAGCUUGGGAUCAAUUUCAGGGCCACUCUCGACGAGAGGUUUGAGCAGCUGGCGAACCGCAUGGCCGAGCUUGAACGCACCUACGGGGCAACUCGAACCCCCACUCUUGGAGCUCCGACCUCCACAACGCAGUGCCCCAUCCAACCAGCCGCGGUCAUCGACAGUCAGGAAAGCACUGAGACGCUCAGGCCUCAUCACCAGCAGCAAAGCGUGGCGGCCUCCCAACCGACGGCGACUGCUCAGCGUGGAGGCAUGUAA